CCUCGAGGUUGCCGGCGACUUGGUCUGAGAGGGAAAAGCAAUCUCAAUCGGCAGGUUCAACAGACAGGCACGGCUGAGGAUGCUCGUCCGAUCGUAAAAGCUCUAUUUACGUAUCCUAUCAAAUCAUGCCGUGGUGUUGAACUGCCAGCUUCGGAGGUCGAGUCAAGCGGCUUGAGAUACGACCGGCUGUUCUGUUUCGCACAGCAAUUACCAAGAAGCGAGAAGGACAAGGCUGCCGGAGAAGAUCGCUGGCGCUUCAUCACGCAACGAGAGUUUCCCAAGCUCGCCUUGCUGCAGACGGAACUCUGGAUCCCGGAGCCUAAGCGUCAACCUCCUACGGCCAAGGGCUUCGACUGGGCUGCUCAAGGUGGAUGCGUGGUAAUUUCUUUCCCGCACGAGCCUUCGUUGAAUGCACUGGGGCUACGCACGCAGCGGGUGAACAUAGUGAUACCACUUACGCCAACAUCGCAGCGCGCUGAGGCGAAAGGCUACUCUUAUGAGCAGCUGAGCAUCUGGGAAGACGCCGCACGAGCGUUAAACAUGACCAAGGAGAUUGACAAAAGCGACCUUCAGAAGCUAGCACAAUUCAUUGGCGUUAGAAACCCUCUUGCACUGUUCCGCGUCGACGACUCAAACAAGCGACCAGUGACCAGAUGUCUGCCGAAGGAUGCGUCGGGCAAUGACUUCCGUGUUGGCUUUGGCGAUGCCUUUCCCGUCAAUCUGAUGGGUCUGGCCAGCGUGAAAGCAAUAGACGACUCGCUACCAUCCGACACCAGUGCGAAAGGGCAGCUGGACCCCACUCGGUUCAGAGCGAACUUCUACAUCACGGGCACCGCACCCUUCACCGAGGACACUUGGAAGAAGAUCACCGUAGGCAGACGCAUCGGUCGCAAUGACAAGGGUCUCUUUGAAUGUGACGCAGAGUACCAUGUCGCUUGCCGUACCGCUCGCUGCAAGCUGCCGAACGUGGACCAGGACACUGGCGUCAAGGAUAGGAAUGAGCCUUACACGACGUUGAGCAAGACCAGGAAGGUUGAUACGGGAGCCUACCCGCAUCCUUGCCUUGGUAUGCAGACGAUACCGAUGUUUGAGCGUGGCAUUAUCAGAGUUGGCGAUGAGGUGCAAAUCCUCGAAACGGGCGAG